AUGCUGAAUGUUGUGCAGGCUACCAGAAUGUCCAAGAAGCAGGAGGUUAAGGCGUACGGCCCGAACGUGAAGAAGGGCGACCUCGUUUACGGCGUCGUGCACAUCUUCGCCUCCUUCAAUGACACGUUUGUGCACGUGACGGACAUGUCCGGCCGCGAAACGUACGUGAAGGUUACCGGUGGCAUGAAGGUGAAGGCCGAUCGCGAUGAGUCUUCCCCCUACGCUGCGAUGAUGGCCGCCCAGGACGUCGUGGCGCGCUGCAAGGAGUGCGGAAUCAACGCCCUGCACGUCAAGAUGCGCGCCGUCGGUGGUGUGCGCACCAAGUCCCCUGGCCCUGGGCGCCCAGGCCGCCCUCCGCGCGCUCGCCCGCGCCGGGAUGAAGAUUGGCCGCAUCGAGGAUGUCACCCCGAUCCCGACCGACUCCACCCGCCGCAAGGGUUCCCGCCGUGGUCGCCGCCUGUAAGGUCCUUGCGACCGCGCGUUUUGCGGACUGCUCAGCAGAGCGAGCUAACGCUGGUGACGAUAUGCUGGUUUCCCUGUGUUUGUGAUUUGUUAUCCUUUUAUUGUCGCGAAGAAAAAAAACACCGACCACAAAUAACAGAAGCCCGUUAG